UGCACGUGGGCCCUCCUUGGCCAAGCCCACAACCUGAGCGUUUAAAACUCCACGUUGGUCUCAAGGGGUAUAGGGAUAAGGACGUUCUGGGGUCAUUAUCUAUAACACAGCUUUCUUUUUGUUCCCCCCGCCCCCGACCUUCCAACUUCUGAGUGAGAUGAAGACCCAGCAACCUCUUCACGUGGCCACACCGGUGAGGCAGAGCCUUGCCCUGACCAAAGUGGCUGGCACCUCUGUUUACCUCAAGCUGGACUCAUCUCAGCCAACGGGAUCCUUCAAGAUCAGGGGCAUCGGGCACCUCUGCCAGACAUGGGCAGAGCGAGGGUGUGAGCGUUUCAUCUGCUGCUCAGGAGGAAACGCUGGCAUGGCAGCGGCUUAUUCUGCCCGUCAGCUCGGGGUACCUGCCACCAUCGUGGUUCCGAGUGUCACACCAAAUCCCACGGUGGAGAGGCUGAAGGACGAGGGGGCCACUGUGGUCAUUCAUGGCAAGGCUCUAAAUGAGAGCAUUGAAUAUGGACAACAGCUUGUGGCGAAUAACCCUGGCUGGGUGCUCAUCUCUCCGUUUGACGACCCCCUUAUCUGGGAAGGCCAUACAUCUCUGGUGAAGGAGCUGGAGCGAGACCUAAGGGUGAAGCCAGGAGCCAUAGUGCUGUCGGUGGGAGGCGGAGGCCUGCUGAACGGAGUGGUGGAGGGACUGCGUCGCGCCGACUGGGCCGACGUGCCUAUCGUAGCCAUGGAAACCAUGGGGGCCCACAGCCUCAAUGCGGCCAUGAAGGCCGGAAAGCUGGUCACUCUACCCGCAAUUACCAGUGUUGCAACCACGCUGGGCCUGACACGGGUCUCUGCACAGACGAUGAAGCUGGUGGACGAGCACACAGUCUUCUCAGAAGUAGUCACAGACCAAGAGGCCGUGAAAGCUGUGGAACACUUUGUCGAUGAUGAGAAGGUCCUGGUGGAGCCCGCCUGUGGCGCCGCCCUGGCAGCGGUGUACAGUGGCAUUAUCAAGCGGCUGCAGGAGGAGGGCAAGCUGCCGCGGCACCUGGGCCCCGUGGUCAUUGUGGUGUGCGGAGGCAACAACAUCAGCAUGGGGGAACUCAGGAAGCUGAAGAAACAGCUCGGUAUUAUCUAGCGCGGCCGACCACCAAGAGCUUUUUCCCACUGUCCUUCCUAUUCCGCCGUCAGCUGGUCUCAGUCCCUAAAUCCCAUUGUCCAUGUGCUCCACUGACCGAAUCAUUCCAGACUGUGAAAAUCUCCUGAGUACUGGGACUUGACAAAUACGAGGCAGAGCAGCUUGGGGGGAUGUCUUUUUUUAUUAUUGUUUUAAAAAUCUUACGAUUGCGAUUCUGCUCAGGUAGAGGUAGUUUGUGACUAGAGACCUCGAUGAACUGAAACGUUUGGGUUACAUUUCAUUUUCGCAUGCUUGCUUUGUAAAAGUGCAUGUAUGUAUGUGUUUUUUUUCUGCUUUUGUAUUUUUUGGAAAUGUAUUUAAAAGUUAAUAAAUUAUAUUCCUGACUA